CGAGUCGUUGUCCCGCACGAGGCGCGCGCUCUCGGCGGGCGGCAGCAGCGCCCCCUCGAGGAAGAGGCUGAGGCGGGCGCGGCGGCUGAAGCCGAAGCGAUGGCGGAUGAGGCUGAGCAGGUCGGUGACGAGCCGCGCCUGGCCCGGCUCCAGCAGCAGCCAGCACAGCGCGCAGCCCGGGCUGGCCGGCGGAGGGUGGUCAAACACUAGCCGCAGCCGCACCGGGCCGCCGCCGGCCGCCAUCAUGGAAGUGGAAGAGGAGGAAGAGGCGGAGGAGGCGGGCGCGGGGGGCGGUGCCUCAGGGCGGGCCGGGCCGGCUGGUCCCGUGACCGCGGGAGCUGAGGGAGCAAUGGGGCUGCUCCGUGCUGUGGCCGCGCUGUCUGUGCUGCUGCUGGCGGCAGGUGUAGUUCUGAGGCAGCCCCAAGAGCCCAAAGAGGUGUGGGGAUAUGUGGAGGUUCGGAGCAAGGCCCACAUGUUCUGGUGGCUCUACUAUGCAAAUAACCCAACCAAAGACUUCACAGAGUUACCUCUUGUCUUGUGGCUUCAGGGAGGUCCAGGAUCUUCAGGAUGUGGGUAUGGGAACUUUGAAGAGAUUGGUCCAUUAGACAAAGAAAUGAAACCGAGAAAUACAACCUGGUUGCAGGCAGCCAGUAUCUUGUUUGUGGAUAAUCCUGUGGGCACUGGAUUCAGUUAUGUGGAUGAUUGUAGCUUGUUUGCCCAAAACCUUACCACAGUAGUUUCUGAUAUGAUGGUUUUUCUUGGAGAAUUCUUUAAGCGUAGAACAGAAUUCCAGACCAUCCCAUUCUACAUAUUUUCUGAAUCUUAUGGAGGUAAAAUGGCUGCUGGGGUUGCUUUAGAGCUGCACAAGGCUGUUCAAAAAGGGACCAUAAAGUGCAAUUUUAUGGGGACUGCUCUUGGAGACUCAUGGAUUUCUCCUUUGGACUCUGUGCUGUCCUGGGGCCCCUACCUUUACAGCACUUCUCUCCUUGAUGAUAAUGGUCUAGCAGAGGUGACUGCUGUUGCCAAAGAAAUAAUGGAUGCAAUAAAUAAAAAUCAGUAUGGGCUGGCUACUGAGCUUUGGGGCAAGGCUGAAGGUGUCAUUGAAGAGAACACAGACAAUGUGAACUUUUAUAACAUCUUGACUAAGGAGGUUCCAGAGGUGAAAUCAGAUGAACAAGAAAAUCUCCAUCUCAUGCGGCUUUUCCAGCGCCAUGUCAGAAAAAUGCAUCAGAGAAGCCUCGAUGAGCUGAUGAAUGGGCCCAUCAGAAAGAAGCUGAUGAUCAUUCCUGACUGUGUGAAGUGGGGAGGUCAGUCCAGACAGGUCUUUGAGAACAUGGCUGAGGAUUUCAUGAAACCUGUCAUUGAUAUUGUUGAUCAGCUUUUGGCAGCCAAUAUCAACGUUACAGUCUAUAAUGGGCAGCUGGACCUCAUUGUUGACACCAUGGGCCAGGAGGCAUGGAUCCGGAAACUGAAGUGGCCUGAUUUGGAGCAAUUCAGCCAGAAAAGGUGGAAGGCACUGUAUGUGUCUCCAGAAUCCACGGAGACAGCUGCUUUCCACAAGGCCUAUGAGAACUUUGCUUUCUUCUGGAUUCUCAAGGCUGGGCACAUGGUACCAGCUGACCAAGGAGAGAUGGCACUCAAAAUGCUCAGGAUGGUGACUCAGCAGGAGCACUAAGGAGGGGAGGUCAUCUAGUCUGGCUUCCUGUCCAGCAACAGGGCUCUGGAGGAGAGUGAAUCUGGAUCCUAAGCCAAAGGAGGAAGUGGCUGUUUGGGCACACAGCCUCCCUCGUCUUGCUGAUACUGUGCACAAGUGCUUGUGGAAAGAUGUUUUGGUGUUUUGUUUUUUUUUUUCUUAAAUGAGUUACUGCUUUUGAAUUUUUAAGCUGUGACUUGCUGCCUUAACACUGUUCAUAAAUGACUCUUCCAGAGGGAAGUCCACUGUCAUAAAGAACAAGCCCUGAACUUUUGCCUUGGAAGGAUUUUGUGCUCUUGCCCUUCCCUGAAUGCUCCCUUGUCUGUUUGCACACCAAGAGUAAAACUGAUUUGACUUGAUCUGCUCUGUGUUCCUCUGGGAGAGCUGACCUGCUUCAUGAGGCUGUGGAAUGUUCCUUCCUUUGUUCUCAGGCUUGAGUCACCUGGCUGGAUUCAAGAUGAAGCCGUGGAAAUGCCAGGACAGAGGACCUGCCCUAGAGGAAUCACAGUCCAUCUCAUCUUGCUGAGGUGCCUGAAUUAAGAUCCAGGAUUCUUCAGACUUUCUGUGCUGUGGAGAGAGAAAAAUAUCCCACAGAGGAGGAUUUGUCCCUUUUCAUCUGACCAUUUGUUUCUUGUUUCCAUCCUUCUUAAUGCCCACUACUCAAACUUUGUCUUUAUCCUCAACACCUAAAGUGCAUCCAGCAGGAAUUCCUGCUUCUCUGUAUCCCAAAGCAGAAGGCCUGUUAAUACCCUCUUGUACCAAAGAGUCUCAACAGACAGAAGCUUCUUAAAACCUUUUGGGUUUAGUCAGAAGGAAAGGAGCAUUAUUUGAGCAAUAACAACAUAAUUCUGAAAUAUUAUAGGAGUGUUUAAAAGAAGGAUAUACAAAAUCUUGAUCCAUGUCUUUUGGAGAUUUUUGUAAGUCUUGCAGAGACCUAUUAUUUUGAAACAUUUUUUUUAUAAUACGCAGUCAAGAAGAGACUUGGUCAGACAUCAUUUGACUUUUGCUAUGGAGCAUGAAGUAGUUGUUUUUUAUUGGUAUCUGAUAGGAGGCACAACAGCUCCUUCCAGCUGUCAGAAUCCUAAAUAAAUAACAACCUCUCAAUUACACCAGCCACUUACACCAGCCACCAUUCUUUUCUUAGCAAGAACUGAGGCACUGUCCUGGUUUAGGGCAAAUUUGUGAAGAAACUCCAAAAGGGGUCCCUCUAGAAAGCAGAUUCAAGCCCUUCCCUCUACUGGUUUGGGAGAAUAUUUCUUUGGAGAAAAGUGGGGAAAAAACUUUAUUUAACAAGCAAAGUAUUCAUAAGCAUAAAAAAGGAAUAAUAUUAAACAAUAAAACCUCUCUCUGCUCUGAAGAGAUGGCAAAUUCAUGAAGUUCUUGUUGUGGGGUGUAGCUUGGCUUGCUGUCUCUUUUCAGUCCCUCCAGCACUGGAAAAGGCUGUGUCCCAGGCCCAGGUGGGCCACAGGUGUGAACUCCCAGGAUUUUCUGGGUUUUCAGUCCAGAGCAGGUUUGAACAGUUCCAAGAAAAAAAAAGUAACACACAGUCCAGGGAACUUCACUGCCUCAGCUAGCUAAAAAAAUAAAAAGCAAAGGAGAGCUCUCUCCUGCUGUCUGUCUGUGCUGCAGACACACAGUCCAGAAGAGAAAAAUGCUGAAGCUCUCUGUCUCUAUGUUUUGAAAACAAUGCCUCAGACAUUUCACUGUUUCUCCUUCUCCCCCCCACUUCACUCUCAGAUCUAGUUUUAAAGGUGCAAAACUUAUUUCUGGGCUGAAUAGACAAAUGGGGAUAUAAUUCAGCAUCAUAAAGUAACCCUAGGACAGGCACAAGGCUGUGUGAGCAGACAUGCAAUCACCCAGCAGCUGCACUAUUGGUACCUAAUAAUUGCUUUCCUUUUUCAUGUUCCCAUCUUGUAUUCUUAAGAACCUAGCAAUGCAGAUCCAGGUUUGGUUUUUUAAAUACUUUUUUUCAAUAAACAGGUCUAAUUCCUCUCUCUUCAGCAUCACAUUGAUUUAACUGCUUGAAAAUGACAUUAUUUUCUGUCUUGGCUUUUAGUUGAACAAGAGGAGGUUGUUACCAGUGUGUAAAUUUGCAUAUCUGCAUUCUUUGAAUAUUUUUAAGCAAUUUCCCUAGCAAAUCAGUAUGUUUUUGCCUGGGUAAUGUGCUGCUUUGGGCUGUGAUAGAGUUAGUUUUCUUCCUAGUAGAUCAUAUGGGCUAUAUUUUGAAUUUGUGCUGGAGGUUGUUGAUAACACAGUUGUGUUCUAGUUGUGGCUGAGCAGUUCUGACAAGGCCUUUUCUGCCCUCACCAGACCCCACCAGUGAGGGGCCUUUUGGGAGCACAAGGAGUUGGAAGGGACACAGCCUGGACAGCUGACCCUCACUGACCCAAGAGAUGUCCCAGGCCAGGUGCUGUCAUGCUCAGCAGGGGAAGAAGAAGGAAGGGGGGGACACUGGGGGUGGUGCUGUUUGUCUUCCCAAGUAACUGCUGCCUGUGAUGGCACCCUGCUUCUUGGAGACAGCUGCACACCUGCAUGCCCAUGGGAAGUGGUGAAUGAACUCCUUCUUUUGGUUUGCUUGUUGCCUAUUAAACUGUCCUUAUUUCAACA